GCAACUGCUAAGCUUCGCUGUCUGACCCCGCCUGGAUUCCAUGUAUGUGCGGCUGCGUAUGUCGCCUAGUUUCCCUCGCUAGUUUACUGCAUCUCCCACCUCUGCUCACCUCCAGAGCUGGUAGCAGAAUGGCAGCGGCGGCCCCCAACCCGGAGGACUCCGCCAGGAGCGGCGGCAGCGGCAGCGGCGGCGCUAGCAGCAGCAGCACUCCCAGCGCGCUAGCCGGAGACGGUGACGCGGAAGAGGCCGAGGACUUCACCUCCUCCUCCCACUGCUCGGAGCUCUCUCGGCGGCAGAACGAACAGAGAAAGCAGGGCUUGUUCUGCGACGUGACGCUGGCCUUCAGCAGCGGGGCGGCGACCGGGAGCGUCCAGAGCUGCGAGUUCUCGGCCCACAGGUCCGUGCUGGCUGCUGCCACCGACUAUUUCACCCCGCUGCUGGGGGGGCAGUUCUCCGAGUCGCUAUCCGGACGGGUGGAGAUGAAGGAGUGGAGCUCGGAGCUGGGGCCGGACCCGGAGACCGUGGAGAGUGUCAUCCAGUACAUGUACACCGGGGAGAUACGCGUAAGCACCUGCAAUGUGCAUGAAGUGCUGGAGCUGGCAGACAGGUUCUUGCUGCUGCAGCUCAAAGAUUUCUGCGGCGAGUUCCUCAAGAAGAAGCUGAGCCUGACCAACUGCGUGGCCGUGCACAGCCUGGCUCACAUGUACACCCUGGACCAGCUGGCGCUGCGGGCCGCCGACAUGAUUCGCCGCAAUUUCCACAAGGUCAUCCAGGACGAGGAGUUCUACACGCUGCCCUUUCACCUCGUGCGCGACUGGCUGUCGGACGCGGAGAUCACCGUGGACUCGGAGGAGGUGCUGUUCGAGGCCGUGGUGAAGUGGGUGCAGAAGAACCCGGACGAGCGGAGUCGCUACUUUGAGGAGCUGUUCCGCCUCCUGAGGCUCCCGCAGAUAAAGCCCACCUACCUGGCCAGGGUGGUGAAGAACGAGCGACUCGUGGCCUCAAACGAAGCCUGCCUGCGGCUGGUGUCGGAGGCCGUGGAGGGCCACGCCAUUCGCUUCGAGAACCUCAAGUCGGCGGACAUGGAGUUCUGGUCUUCGCACAUGGCCUCCUUCCAGCCUCGCUUCGGCCAGAACAUGGACGUCAUCAUGGUGGUGGGAGGGGUGUCCGAGGGCGGGGACUACCUGAGCGAGUGCGUGGGCUACUUCAUCUACGAGGACCGCUGGGUGAACCUCCCUCACAUCCACAACCACUUGGACGGCCACGCCAUCGCCACCACGGAGUCCCACGUCUACGUAGCCGGGUCCAUGGAGCCGGGCUUCGCCAAGACGGUGGAGCGUUACAACCCCAACCGCAACACCUGGGAGCAGGUCAGCAACCUGACCACGCGCAAGCACUCGUUCGGCCUGACGUGCAUCAAGGACAUCCUGUACAGCAUCGGCGGGCACGGCAACUUCAGCCCGGGCUUCAAGGACGUCAGCGUGUACGAGCCCGAGCAGGACAAGUGGCACAACCUGGAGUCCGCGCCCAAGAUCCUGCGCGACGUGAAGGCGGUGAGCGUGGAGGACCGCUACGUGUACGUGACGGCGCGCACCCCCGUGGACACGGACAACGACGACGGGCUGAAGACGGUGACCACCCGCUACGACACGGAAAGCCGCCAAUGGCAGGACGUGGACUCGCUGCCGCUCAUCGACAACUACUGCAUCUUCCAGAUGGCCGUCGCGUCGACCAACUUCUACCACACGGCCUCCUGCUGCCCCAAGAGCUACGCGGUGCGGGACGAGGUCGCCCGGCAGAAGAUCAGCGCGCGCAUCUCCGACGAGAUCCUGGAGAGCCUGCCGCCGGAGGUGACCAGCAUAGAGGGCGCCGCCAUCUGCCACUUCGACGAGGACGUCUUCAUCAUCGGGGGCUGGAAGAACAGCGACGACGUGGACAAGCAGUACCGCAAGGAGGCGUACCGCUACUGCGCCGAGAGGAAGCGCUGGAUGCUGCUGCCGCCCAUGCCGCAGCCCCGCUGCCGGGCGACGGCCUGCCACGUGCGCAUCCCGUACCGCUUCCUGUACGGCUGCCAGCGCUACCCCAUGCCCCAGAACCUGGCUCGCCAGCGGGACCGCAUGCAGCAGAUGCAGCAGCUCCACAGGCGCACGCUCACCCUGCGUCGACAGCUCCAGUCGCAGAUAGAGUGCUGAGCGGGCGAGGGUGGGGGCGCCGUGCGGGGACGGUUUCCCCCUCCGUGCGUAACGCGCCGCCGUGAAUGUUUUCGCUCCUCCGAGCUGCGGGGCAUCGGCUCUCGCGUUCCGUUUGUGUUAAUCGCUGACUUAAAGCCAUGAAAAACCCUGUGUGCGGGUUCAUUCUCACUGGGAAGAGUUCAUUCAGGCAGUAUGAUGCGGAUGUACACGUUUAUGAGUGUCUUUCAGCAGCUAAAAAAAAAAAAAAAAGAGAAACUAAGUAUGCUUUAGUAAUUAAUGUUGAUAAAGAUAGUGUUUAUCUAUUUGUAUAAUAUAAACCUGUAUAUGUCCAAAUUGAUAUUUGACAUUCCUUUAUUGUAUACGCCUGAACUGACAAGAAUAUGUGACAUCAGUAAUACCAUUAGUGAUGCAUUCCUACUUUCUUAAUAAAGUCCCGUCAUUCCUUCCUAACACUGUGACAAUCCCCUCAUAAGCAGUCCAGCUUUCUUAAAAGAGAUUCCGCUUUUUACUCGACACCCUCAACAUCGACUGUGAAUAUAACGUUUAGGCUAUUCCGGCCUUUCUGGAUAGUCCAGAAAGGCAUUUUGUUGUAAAAUCCUCUUAGACUAGUCUCCCUUUUGUUCUUGGCAGCCGUAGUGUUUGGUCAUGUACGUACACGUAACGCUUUAACAGCUUUUUUUAAAAGGGGCAAUAUGUGCAGGCAACCUUUCUUUUUAUGCGUUACGUUUAAUCUUCGGUUUCUUUUCUCUGCAUUUAGCACCAAAAUCGACGGCAGUGGCUCAAUCAUUCCUUUCUCUUGCACUUUUGAAAUCGAACAACGUGAUCCUGUUAAAUCAAGAAGAGAUGUUUAUGCGUAUGAAUGCAAGACUGUCUGAAUUGUGUCUGCACACGGCUCGGUUGUGGGUUUGCAAAGAAUGGUUAAGGUUUCUCCAGGAACUGCACUUUUUUUUUUUUAUUUACAUUGUAUUGCUUGUAAAGUCUUAAAGAGGCAUAAAGCUGUCUCCGCACCUUGAUAUAUUUGUUUGUUUUUUUUGCAUUUUUUUCUAGUUGUGUCAUAUCGGACAAGGUGAUUGUAUCUUGGAAACAGCUUUUUUUUUUUUUUUUUGUCCUUACCAAAUUCCAGCAAGUAAGUUUUGAACUUCAAACAAAGACGAUGCUAUGGACAGAAUUGUUCCAAACAUAAAGUAUCUCAUGAUUACUUAUACUUAAUUUCAACUUAGGUGUACAUUGGAGAUGAUGUAUAUUUGUGUAUGGUCUCCUGUUGCCCACCAAAGAGACUUGGGGAUGCGAGGAAAAGUAAUCACACCUAAAGACAAAAAAAAAAAGAGAAAAAAAAAAAGGGAUUGCUAUGAAUUUGAUGUGACUGACAUUCAGGAGCUGUGCAGCAUCGAGGUUAGAGAGCGCAGAAAUGAUAUUCAUUUCCACUUUGUGACCAAUAUAAAUAGCACUGCAGAUCUUAACUGAAAUAAGCUAUAUAUUUGCUUUGCAUGUGAUAGUCUGACAUUGUGUCCUUAUAUUUCGAUGUAAGAAGUACUAAUGGCAUCACUUGCAAUUAAAGCUGUUUUU